GUGCUGUCUGCCCUUAGACAUGUACAACUCAUUACACAGCGUUCUCGUAUAGAUAGAUAUUCCCCAAGUAUAUAAUAAUACAUUUCAAGAGAAGAUCAUAUUUUGAAAGACCAAGAUGCCGCGACGUAAACCGACCAUUAAGACCGAUGUGAUCGGCGAUCUGGACCUCAGUCCAGAGGCGGCCAUCGAUGAUUACCGCGUCUCUCGUCAGCAGGAUCAGUUCUUUGUGAAACCACCCAAUUGGGAUUCGGCCGGGGACACCAUCGAGAUGCUGUACAUAGCCAAUCUCCGGGAAUACGACGCCAUGAAGCAGGUUCAGCACCAGCUUCUCAAAGAUGCCAAACGACAAACGGCGUUGAAUGUGCAGCGCAUUCGCAAGAUGUACAAAAUUCAGGAGCGCCUGCGCAAGCGCUUCGUCGAGGUAAAUGGGUUCAUCAAGGACUGUGCGGACAAGAAGCGCAGCGCAGACAAGUCGAUUCGCGAGGAGACCGUCCUCCACGCGGAGGUCACCAAGGAGAUAGAUGAGUUCAAGACCUCCAUUGCCGAGCUGAGCACCUUUCGCAAUGCGCUCAAGGCCACGGUGGCCCAGUUUCAGCCAUACGAAAGGGUCCUGGAGGAGGUGGUCAAGGUGUCGGACAUCUUCAUCUCAACGAAGGACUGUAUUGAUCGAUGUGACGCGCUAAUGCUGGCCCAGGUGGAGAUCAAUGAGCUGAAGAGCCAGAAACUAAAUGAGAUCGAGGAGAUGCGCCAGCGAAUGGUUCAGAUCACCAGCGACGCGGCGUUGACCGUUUUGGGUCUCAAGAACGACCUGGCCCGAUUGGAUCGAUCCUAUGUCAACUCUCGGGCCACGUGCCUCAAAUGGGAAAAGAUACUGAGUGUCUGCAAGGACACCACGUCGCUCUACAAUCUGGACAAGGAACGCAUGUUCGAUGGCAUACAGAUCAUCUACCGCAUGCUCUGCAAACGUCGAGACAUUGUUCCAAGCUACCACAGCUACGAGAUUGACAAAAUCAUGAGCUUCAUCAUGCGCGAAAUGAGUCUGCUUUCAUCGGUCCUUCAGGAAUUGGAGUCCAAUAAGGGCGAUAAGGUCGGUGGGGGACGUAUGUGCUAACCAGAAUAUAUAUUAUUUUUUAGAGAGCAUAAAUAAAUGGUUCUGAAUCCUUUAAAUAA